AUUUAGAGCGACGAGAUUUAUCUCACAAGGAGAAACUCUACCUGAGAGAAUUAAACGUCAUUACAGAAACGCAGUGCACACUAGGUUUAACAGCAUUGCGCAGUGAUGAAGUGAUUGAUUUAAUGAUAAAAGAAUACCCAGCUAAACAUGCUGAAUAUUCUGUUAUUCUACAAGAAAAGGAACGUCAGAGGAUUACAGAUCAUUAUAAAGAGUAUUCUCAAAUGCAACAACAGAAUACUCAGAAAGUUGAAGCCAGCAAAGUACCUGAGUACAUUAAGAAAGCUGCCAAGAAAGCAGCCGAAUUCAACAGCAACUUAAACCGGGAACGCAUGGAAGAGAGAAGAGCAUAUUUUGACUUGCAGACACAUGUUAUCCAAGUGCCUCAAGGAAAGUACAAAGUGUUGCCAACAGACCGAACAAAGGUCAGUUCUUACCCAGUGGCUCUCAUCCCCGGACAGUUCCAGGAGUAUUAUAAGAGGUACUCACCGGAUGAGCUUCGGUACUUGCCAUUAAACACAGCCCUGUAUGAGCCGCCCCUGGACCCAGAGCUCCCGGCACUAGAUAGUGACGGUGAUUCAGAUGAUGGCGAAGAUAGUCGAGGGGAUGAAAAGCGGAAAAAUAAAGGCACUUCGGACAGCUCCUCAGGCAAUGUGUCUGAAGGAGACAGCCCCCCUGACAGCCAGGAGGACACCUUUCAGGGAAGACAGAAAUCAAAAGACAAAGUGGCCACUACAAGAAAAGAUGGCUCCAAACGUUCUGUACUGUCCAAGUCAGUUCCUGGGUACAAGCCAAAGGUCAUUCCAAAUGCUCUAUGUGGAAUUUGUCUGAAGGGUAAGGAAUCCAACAAGAAAGGAAAGGCUGAAUCACUUAUACACUGCUCCCAGUGUGAUAACAGUGGCCACCCUUCUUGCUUGGAUAUGACCAUGGAGCUUGUUUCUAUAAUUAAGACCUACCCAUGGCAGUGUAUGGAAUGUAAGACAUGCAUUAUAUGUGGACAGCCCCACCAUGAAGAAGAAAUGAUGUUCUGUGAUGUGUGUGACAGAGGUUAUCAUACUUUUUGUGUGGGCCUUGGUGCUAUUCCAUCAGGUCGCUGGAUUUGUGACUGUUGUCAGCGAGCUCCCCCAACACCCAGGAAAGUGGGCAGAAGGGGAAAAAACAGCAAAGAGGGAUAAAAUAGGUUUUUGACCUGACCCUCAGUUUGGGAUAUCUGGUGCCAUUUUAUUUACACUUUCAUUUUUAUGCCAAUAAAGAACCUUUUUUGAAAUUAACUAUGACCUUAAA